UUUUCGACAGUGUGUACAGUACAAUGUACAUGUACUUUGAUCUCUGUACCGAGGUUCAAGAUAAUAUUGUCCCACUGUCGUGAUCUGCCUCAUUUUACAGGAAGUGACAGACAGAGAGAGAGAGAACGGAAUGAUGUGUGAGUUGAUUUAAAUACUAAUAGUACAUUUCUUUUCUUAUUAAUCUUGAACGACUACAAGGGAAAGGGCAAGGUGGGCGGAUGUUUAAAUGUGAAAACGAAACCAGAUCAGUCCAGUAGUUAGGAUAAUGCUUGACCGUGGCCUCAGACACGGGCUCUGGAUAUGACUUGAAGUUAAAAAAGGAAGAUAAAUGUUCCAGUAUUAGUGAUAGCAACCAUGGCAACAGCAAGGCCCAACCCUGACCAGAAGAAUUUCUUUCGUAUGAGUGUUUUAAUUGUAGAUAAUGCCUUGAAAGUUUUGCAAGAUGUUCUUCAGAAAGAGCUUGAAAAAAAGUACCCCAAUUCAUUUGACCCGAGCACUGGGUUGUUAUGUGGGGUGCUUGGUGAUGGAACUGUCAGGACAAAACUGAAUAGACUAGUGCGGUCAAGAGUACUUAAUGUACACCAACAAAACCAGCUGUAUCCUGGUGGAAACCCCUCCCAAUCAGUGACUGUUGGUGAUUUAGACAUCACACUUACUGUGCUUUUGCUGAGAAACAUCACAGCAUUGAAUCCACAUCCACCUUUGAAAGCAUGGGACAACCCCUCUGACGCAGAUACAUGUACAUCAACAGAAGCCACGAUUGGGAAAGUUAAAAGAUAUCGAAACAUUGUGUAUGGCCAUGCUAACAAGGCAGCAAUUAGUGAUCAAGAUUUUACGGCACAUUUCUCAGGGCUCAAGUCCAAUUUGCUGGAUCUCUCUAAUAAGUUUACCAGUGAGGACUAUGAUGCCAUCUUGUCUGAACCUCUUGAUGCUGCUUUACUGGAGAGAAACCAGAGCAUUCUGAAAGAAUGGUAUAAUUAUGACAUAGAUGUGAAAGAUCAGCUGGUAAAAGUCAUACAUGAAUUGAAAGAAGGUGAAACAAAGCUGCAGGACCAUGUGGAACAGGUUCAUAAAAGAAGUGAAGACACUAUUCUCAAGAAGAUGGACAGUGUCGCUCAAAAUACACAUAAUAAACUUGAAGAUAUCUCUCAAGGAAUCACACAGGUGAACGUAGGUCAGUCAGAGAUGACCGACCAACUCAGACAGUCACAAAAGUUCAUGGAAGAGGUCAAAGAUGCACAGAAACAAGACUCAGAGAAUAUUCAAGCUCAGCUAGAAGAACUUGCAACUUUAAGAUCAAUGCAAGGUCAGCAUCUCCAAAUGACAAAAGAAAUUCAGGAAAAGAUUAUCUGUGACAGAGACCGAGAUACACCAGAAUUUCAGAAAAUUCCAGGCUCAGUGGAUGUUACUGUCCAUAUGAGCAUCAGUCCUUCAGGAAUGGAAGCAGUCAAAUCAUCAGCCAUCUUCUCCAGUAGUCAGAAAACACCAAGUCCAGAGAACACUCAGCCAGACAGGGAAGCCUUAUCCUCAGUGACAGGUGAUGGAAGUGACACAAACCAGAUCACUGGUAUACCUCUUCACCUGGAUGAUCCACCAAGCAAGAAUAUUACUCAGCCAGUGAACUCUAAUGAAGCACCAACAGCCUCAUCUCCUCCUUUAGAACUUACCACCCCUCUAUGUGAAGCCAGAGACUUACACUUCAUGAAAAUGAGCGAUCUUGUACUGUCUAAAGCAGCCAAUUUUGAAGAAAUUGAAAGAGCAUUUAUACUUAUAGAGAAAUACCAUGCAAUGAUUUAUGAUACAAAGCGCCAGUGUUUUAUCCUCCGCUUGGUUUGUCCGUCAGUGCAUUCACUGUACCAGCUGUGGCAAAGUUAUCGCCAUGGUGAGCUACAGGCUGCUGUAGAGGAAAUUUUUGUCAACAUCAAGACCCUUGAGGAUUUGGGCCUGAGCCGCAGUGACAUUAAUCUGUGGGUUGAAAUGGAUGAAGAUGAUUACAAUGAAUGUAGAAAAUACAUCAAGGAAAAGACAGAGUUAAAAGAAAUGAUUUACGAAGACUUGAAGAUGACAGUUCGUAAAGGUCCAUAUGGCAGUGCAGAGCAGACUAUAUACGGUAUACGUCAAGCCCUGAUGGCAGCUUUCACUCUACGGAAAGAAGACAUUCUGAUCAAAUGGUGGGACUAUGGCAGCCCUGGG